UAUGUUUACAUUUUAGGUGUUUUGAGCGGCAAAAGUGAAUUCUUUCCAUCAGUUUCGUUCUCAUGACUAAUCGUCAUAUUCUAUUGACUGGUCCACCUGGUAAAUAAUGGAUUAGACUAUGUCUCUAUGAAAUGUGUGGGCAAAACUACAGUUAUUAAAAAGAGCUGCGAACUUCUGAAUAGUAAAAGUCUAAAAUAUCAUGGCUUUUUUACGGAAGAAAUAAAACGUGGACGAGAAAGGGUCGGCUUCGAUGUUGUUACGACUGAGGGAAAUCGCAGUACAUUAGCCAGAGUAAGUUCCAGUGACCAAAGUUCUAGAGGUCUUCCAAAAGUUGGCAAAUAUCUUGUAGAUGUGUCAUCAUUUGAAAAAUUAGCCCUACCCGUUUUUGAUUCUCCUGUACCUUCAGUGUUAAUCUUGGAUGAAAUUGGGAAAAUGGAACUAUUCAGCCAUUCCUUUUCAGAAAAAACAAAAAAGGCAUUUAAUGAAGGCAACUUUAAGAUAUUAGCAACAAUUCCUAUUGCAAAGAAAGCUUUGCCAUUUGUUGAUGAAUUAAGAAAUCGUAAAGACUGUACAUUAGUACAGGUUACCAGAGAAAACAGAAAUGAUCUACCCAGUGAAAUCGUAGAACAGCUUUUGAAAAUGAAAUAAAAAUAAUAAAUGAAUAUUCCUGAAAAAAAUAUCAAAUUAAUCUUGAAUCACAUAUGAUGAUUUAAUAUUGGAUUGGCACAGAUAUAUUAAGAAAAGAUUUUUGAUGAAGACUCAGUAUUUAAGAUUUUAGAAGCUGAUGUGUUAGUUAUGUAUAUUUUAAAAUAAAUAAAUUCUGUUAUCCAAACUUA